AUGAAAGGCGUCUUCUCGGCGCCCGGAGAUUAUGUCUACUUCAAGUCUCAAGUUCCUCUCCACAAGAUCCCUAUUGGCACAAAGCAAUGGAGAUACUAUGAUUUUGGUCCAAAAGUGGUCCCGCCACUCAUUUGUCUUCCUGGAAUAGCAGGGACAGCAGAUGUUUACUAUAAGCAGAUCAUGGCAUUAUCCUUGAAGGGUUACCGGGUGAUUUCUGUUGAUAUUCCACGUGUAUGGAAUCAUCAUGAGUGGAUCCAAGCAUUUGAAAAGUUUUUGGAUGUCAUUGAUGUUCAUCAUAUACAUCUUUAUGGUACAUCUCUUGGAGGCUUCUUAGCACAACUUUUUGCACAGCACCGUCCAAGGCGAGUGAGGUCUUUGAUACUAUCAAACACAUUUUUGGAGACGCGCAGUUUUGCAGCUGCCAUGCCAUGGGCUCCUGUGUACGUACUAACUGGAAUUCGUGAUGGUCCUCAUGAACCAUUUAUUGCAGAUUCCGUGGACUUCGUUGUUUCUCAGGUUGAAACACUCUCUAGAGAUGACUUGGCCUCAAGGUUGACUUUGAAUGUUGAUGCUGCUUCUGUUGGACCUCUUGUACUUUCAGAUUCAUUCAUCACUAUAUUGGAUGUAAGUUCACCAGAAAACUGUUUCUAUAUGUUUGUAUUCCAAUUCUCUUUCAGGACCCAUCAGCAACAACAUGAGUUUUCAAUUGUCACCCCUGUUCUUAUUGAUGCUUUCAUUGAGUGGAUAAGAUGCUCUUCCAAUGCACUUGGAGAUCCUUGUACGAAUGAUUAUUGCGCAAUUCCUCAACAACUCAAAGAUCAAUUGAUUGAGAGAUAUCCUGAAGCAAGGCGAGCUCACUUGAAGACUGGAGGGGAUUUUCCAUUUCUUUCACGCCCAGAUGAAGUCAACUUGCAUCUUCAGCUACACCUGCGACGGGUUGGGGUAGAAGCUCGGCUGGAUUUGGUCCGGGGCAUCCCAAAGGAUGGCCCUGGUGGGAGCCAUAGUGAAAACGAGGAUGGUAAAGAAGAUCGAGAUGAUCAACCCAAAGACGACAGAGGAAGUUCAGAAAGUCCAUCUAGGGAAAAUGAGUUAUCUCCAGCUCCAGAAAGUUCAGAGUCUCGUAGUUUAGAUGAGCAGCUCCUCAAGAAUGCAAAAUUUUCAUUCAUGGGUCAGGAACAGAGACUGCGUUUCUGUGAACUAUUGAGUAAACAACAUAUCAUAGCCUCUGAACUCCUUUCACGAUUUACUUCAGAAAUUUUUCUUCAAUGUUUGUUUCCCUCUCGUGUGGGAUCCUUGUACAUUAUUUCCAAGUUGUUUCCAGAAACUCUGAUAAUUGGUGUAAAGUAG